ACUAGCUGGGUUAGGGUUUAAAGUUAGGCUAAAGAUUAGUUUAAAUAACCUACUGUUUUAUCGAACGUAACUAAACGGGUCAAAUAAUGUAACCUAACAUAAUGUCACAUACUAAAUGGAGUGUCACGGAUUUUAGUAACAUAUAAUUCGUCUUGCAUUCUGGACAUUUCGACCUACAUGUCUCAGUAAACGUCUCUUGUCUGUUUAACUUUUCCUACGGUUCGUGCGAUUCGAGAACAGCCUACUUGCAGUAAAAUAUGACUGCGCUGGAAGGAAGGGCACUCCACUGGAUGUGCGAUGGUACGGUGAGGCUCCCCGCCUAAUCUAUAGUCUUUAGGCAGAGGGAUGCAUCGUUUUAACCCUUUGCUCUGCUCUCCAGAGUUGCACAUAUUUGUAAAUAGCCUUUAAGUAAUAUUUAGUAAAUAAGUUGAGGAAAUGUGUAAAGGGGCUGCAGCUAUUUUGGGGAGUUGUAUUGGACAAUAAGUGUAAGGAUAUUUCUUCAUCGUUUGCUUCAACUUCGGAUGGCUUGAGUAUUUGCACACAUGCAUGUUGACAAGCAAGAAUGUAAGGUAGCCUAUGGCCGGUCUACCGUUCUCACAUCACACGGAGUAAGGGAGCAUCGUUUGGAUUCGCAGCGCUGGACAUCGAACUAUAGCGCCGUGAUUCGGAGUACGUUUGAGUGCCCAGAGAAAUAACUUUAUAUAUUGGGAUUGCUUGGUCACCUGCGUUCCUUGUCAGUCAUAUGCCACCGACAACGUAAAUUCAACAGCAAAAUGAAUAUGGCAUAAACUAAUUCUGGAGACGCCAGUCACAGAUAUCGCCGCCGACUUGGAUAGGGUGAAUGAGAAUUUCCCAAACGGUCAAAUCCUAUGCAUACCGUGCUUGUUUACUCGCUACACUAUCUAGUGUCUUCGAGAAGAGCGCAGGAGGAAUGCUGGUCCAAGAUCUAAUACCAUUUACUUUAAGUUUUUGGCCUCUUCUCUUCGGUCAUUGCAUUCUCUCGUUGGUUUUACUCUCAUGCCAGGGUGAACUCCAGAGGUCAUGCUCGCAGACUGUAACUGAGAAAGUGAGCGAACACUGCCAGCUGGCAUGUCAGUGUAGAAGCUACCCUCCCCUUCCUCCCCCGCCUCCUCCCCCACCUCCCCCACGGCUACUGUUGGCCACAGUUGAGUCCCCUCUGCCCCUGUUGAGACCGUGGUGGAUGGAGAUCUUAGUGCUUGGGACAGUGGGCUGUGCCUCAGCUGUUUUCCUCCUUUCAGCCAUGAUCAUCUGCUACAAGGCCAUAAAGAGGAAACCACUACGGAAAGAGGAGAACGGGACAAGUCGUGGGGAGUAUGCCAUGAGUGUACGCAAAAAGAAGGCCAUGGGCCCCAACAACACUGUGGUGUAGACUGUCCACUGACAGAAAGAGGAAGUCACAUCACCAUCAUCCCCACUACCCACCCUAUCCUACCCAAAACUCCUAUUACCUAGAACGCAACAGGGGGUUGACCUGUUAAAAAUGCAUAAAUGCCUUUCCUUCUCUCCUAGCAUGUUGCCUGGAUGAAAGACAACGUUCAGAUAAAGGAGAGUAGCGAGAACCAGAGAGAGAGAAAAACUAAACAUGGAAGUGGAUUCAGAGAAUGAGUAAAAAAGUGAAUUGAGGAAUAAAGUGAAUUGAGAAGUUCUACACCAGAUUGUCGACAAGAAGUGUCAUUGACAGGGAAAUGGUUGACUGCUAAUCUGUCAACCUACACAGCUCCACACUUCUUACAGACAACUUCGAUGUAGGAACAGACACUGAAGCACUGCGAUGGGAUAGGAGGUUGUGGAGGACCAGAUCAAGAACAAAAUGUGCACUCAGUUUUUAUGGAAAAUGCAACAUUCUUUUCUACGGUCGGGCUGUCUCAUCUGACCGUUUUUCUUUUUAAUUUAUUAAAGCAGAAUUUGUAUUAUACUGGCACAGUUGCAGGUUCUUGCUGUGGUUUGAGAUGUAUAGUGCUCAUCUGACUAUGCAAUUAAAACACACAUUUACAGGUCAUACCAAGUGGGAAGUAAAACAACAAGAUCAAGUCAGUUCCUAUGUUCCAUACCAACAACACAACAGAACUUGAUCUACUUAUCUAAUUUGUUCAUUUAUUUAUUUGCUGUAUUUAUUCAUUAAUUUGUCUGCUUAUGUAUGUUAUUAUUGUUUAAUUCAGUCAGUUUAAUGAUUUGAAAUGUUUUCUUUUUAGAUUUAAUUAUUUAGUAAUCAUAUCAUUCAUUUUAAUGGUCUGACGCUUCAAGCCCACUUUUAAUUUGCUACAGACACUGAUGCAGAAAACACAUCUGCAAAGAGUUUUGGCGCUCAAUUGUUCAUCUCUUGCUGUUUGAUAUGCCUUUCUGUGUUCCCCUGCGACUUCAGCAAAUAUGAUGGGGAUUUCUGUGUUCCCCUGCGACUUCAGCGAAUAUGAUGGGGAUUUCUGUGUUCCCCUGCGACUUCAGCGAAUAUGAUGGGGAUUUCUGUGUUGCGAGUUUGUGAAUGUGUGUUUUCUGACCGUGCUUUUAGCAGCUUAUUCUACCCCUCAAUUCUUUCUCACAAGACUAACAUGGUAUUCCAUUUUGUGCUGUCACAUCUCACUGGUUAGACAGUCAGGGGGAGAUAGUGGGGGACAAUGGGAAGCCCUUUGCCGUGUUCUGAUGUGAUUUUUACAGUCUUAAUUGUUCCACCUCCCAGCAAGGAGAGAACCCAUCACUAUAGAAACAGUGCACAUGAUCCCAGGACUGACAUGCUGAUUGGUGGAGGACGGGAUUCCAAACAGAGGCUAAUCUGGAUAUCAAGUUGCAGAGAGGAUGGCCUCAAAAAGGGACAUGUGACUCAGUGCACUCACACUCGCAGGCAUCCCCAACAUCCUUCUGCAAUAAACAGUCCACAGUUGA